GUACCGAUAGUUUUGGAGCUGCGCGGCGUCGCGGACUGACAUUCUCCGUCAAGCGCGCGCUUCGUCACGGAAUGACCGCCGAUGAAGUCACGGACCGACCACCAGAUUUGAACUACGCGCGCUAUCGUUCCGUGCUCUCGUGUGCGCUGUCCCAGCCGUCCGCUGCCGGCGAGGCUCUCGGGCUGUCCAGUGUUUACACCAAAGAGGCAUAGCCGCAAGCGCUCUCGGCUGCACUAGCACCAGCACCGGUGCCUAGGCGGUGCGGUGCGAUGGCAAAAACAGGGGCUGAACGAAUGCGGGAGUUUAGAGCCCGUCAGAAAGAUUCCGCUACUUACGGGCAGAUAAAAGAGAAAGACAGGAUCCGGAAGGCAAAACAGCGUGCAGUUCUAAUGAAGACCAAGAGGGGGCGAGAGAAGUUACGCCGGAUCAACAACGAACACAAGAGAGCGCAACGUGCCCGAGCAAGGUUAAAUGCGGCCAGUUCCUCACGGAAAGGCUUAAAGGCCAUACAGCGCGGCGUAUCUCUCGGCAGCCGUGGAAGAAAGGCGCAAGUCCCCGCCCGUCCGAGUGGCCAGCUAGGUCUGGAGGAGCGACAGGCUGUAGCGGCCCACUAUGAAGACGACGCGUUUUCAUUCCAGUCCCCGACGAACAAAGUGACGAGAAAAGUAGAGGAAACCGGGGAAGUUGUUGACAUCCCAGUGCGGUAUCUCAUCGUGACUCUGCGGGAGGCCUACCAAAUGUUUAAACUGGCGCAUCCAGAGCUGCGCAUCGGGAAGGCUUCGUUUUGUGAGUCACGCCCCGAAUACGUCCUUUUGCAGCGAAACACGCCACACGACGUCUCCACUUGUCACAUUCAUGAAAACGUUCGUUUCCUGUUGAACGCGUUGCGGCGCAGUUCGAUUGAGAUUACCGCAGAGUUCAGAGACUUUGUCGCUCUCUUGGUGUGCGAUCCGGAAAGUGCGGAGUGCAUGCAAUCGGGUUGUCCCGCGUGCCCGGGUCUGUCCUUCUUGCCGUUGCACGAGUCGCAGUUGAAGGCGCCCUGUGAGUGGACGGCGUGGGUCUCGGAAACACAGAGUGUUCAGAAGACGCAGCAGGGGACCGUCCUUGAUUGCGUCCAGCGUCUUCAGGGACUCGCGCCGCUCUUCCUCAGUCACACGUUUACAAAGAGGGCGCAAAGCAAAGCGUUUAAAGAAGCGAUAGAAAAAGUGCAGGCAGAUGAGGCAGUAAUCCAAGUGAACUACGCAGAAAACUUUGCCUGCAAGAGUCAGGGUGAAAUCUGGGCACAUCAAUAUGUGUCUGUGUUCACAGCUCUUGUGUGGUUCAGGGCAGAGGACAACACUGAGGGGGAAAAAUCGUUCGCACUCGUUUCAGACUAUACCCAGCAUGAUAGGUAUAGCGUUCAUGUGUCUCUACAGGUAUUGUUGGGAGAAGUUUUUGCCUUCAUAUCUGAUCUGCGAAAGGUUGUCAUCUAUUCGGACGGAGCUGCUAGUCAAUUCAAACAAAAAUACAAUAUGUGUAACAUAACGCAUUUGGCAAAUGAAUUUGGCAUAGAUAUAGAAUGGAAUUUCUUUGAACCAUACCAUGCCAAGGGGGCUGUGGAUGCCAUUGGCGGAUCAGUUAAAACCAUGGCUUGGGCAGCAGCUAAAUCAGGAAGGAGCAUAACUAAAGCUAGUGAAGUAGUAUCUUUAUGUAUGGAAGGGGGAACAAAAAUUGUAGUGCGAGAAGUCCCGCCGUCUGAAAUACUUGAGUGUAAGGAAUUUCUCAAUAGUAGAUGGAAAGAUAUUAAGCCAAUUCCUCAACUUCAAAAUGUUCGCCAUGUAAAAGUUGUACGUGUAGGGAGUGUAAUGCAUAGCACACUAACAAAUGCAGAUAGCCCCCGAAAAAGGCACAAUUUUAAGUAGUCCAAUGUGUUAUUCAAAGAGCUAUUUUGUUUUAUUUUUUUAAGUUGUGGUUUGAGAACAAAUAUGAUAUUAUUUUUUUUACAUGUCUGUGACACAAGUUAUGUUUUUGUUAUUUUUUGGCAUAUUAUGUGAUAUUUUGUAUUUUGAAACCUUGUUUCAUUAAAGAAAUGGCUGGCCAAUCACAAGUGUGAGUCAGGUGCAUUAGCGUCUGUCGGUUGGUGUCUACCACUGGACUGUAGUUCUGGUCGCACCGGUGGACCCAGUUUGACGAUGGCUUGCUGCCCCUAGGCUGCCAGGCGGUGGACGUAGGUAGACGCGCAGUUCCUGGCCAGCCAGCCGACUCGCCGUGCUGGGCGCGCGCCACAUCCUGGCGGUCGUGAGAUCGUCGCCGAGCUCUCCCAUGGUGCGGCAGCGGCAGGGCGCUCUCCGGUGCUCGAGAUGCAGCGCCAGCUCGAGGCGGCCUUCAAGCGCCGCGUGCCUAUCCCGGUGCACGGCGACGUCGCGAGGGUGCAGCAGCGCCUCGGAGGUGACGCUGCUGACGGCGUCCGGGACGGGCUCCUGAACGGCGAGGCGGCCCGAGGCUGAGGAGGGAGCUCAGGUCCUCGACGAGCUCCUGGAGGCCGUCGCGGCGCACCAGUCGGACGUAUCCCGGCCCUUCGCCGGCUACGUGAACAUCGUGCGCACCUGUGAGGACGAACUGCUGGCACUGGGACAGAGCGUGAGUUUGAGCACAUGCUGCUUGCCCUGUGACGCCGUCGUCCAGAGGUCUGAACUGGUGUCGCGUUGCAGAGAUAGGACCCCUUCGCGGACCGCAGCCAGCCUGGACAGCGAGGCGCCGGUCACCUUCGACGAGAACGCUGCCUGGUCUCAGCUUGCUGGCGAGGCUGACCUGCGCCUCGCCAUCAACCUGGAGAGCUUGCCGCUCCGAUACCCAUAGUUUUAGUUUAUGUGUAAUUUAUGCAAUAAAAACUUGACUUAAACCUUUCUGAGCAAUGCUAAGGUUUAAUCAGGUUAAACAGGAUAAAACAUCAACAUGAGAAACGUGUUUAUGUCCUAUUGUUGGGGGUUCCGCCAACAGGAUACUCUCGUAGCGCCUGGUGGGUAGGCAACCGCAUUCACGCAGUGCGUGAGUGUACUGCGGGUUGGCCUACCUCGCGUCUCCCAGGCGCCGAGCUCGGCUAAAACUGCGGAAGUAAUCGAAGUAGAACGCACGUACACUCUCAGCCCGUUACUGACACUUUGCAAAUGCACAAUAAACUUUCUUA